AUGUCUACUUUCAAAGCGGAUGGCGUGGUUGACAAGCUGCGAGUUGGAAAUGUACUCGCGUCGUCGAACUGCUUAUCCAGCUUGUCUACCAAGAUCUGGAGUGCGUCUCUGCUCUCCCUGAUGAGCUCAAUUCCUCCGCUGAUCAGCUCACGCCAAUGUUUACUUCGGCAGUGGUGGUUCAAGCGCUGUAGUCAGUGGAUGGAGGUGCAGUGCAGCGUAGAAGACUGCAUUGUAGUGGUUGGCUCAAGAACACCGACAGAAUCGAAUCAGAAAGGACGCAAAGAGGUUUUUCUUCAACUGAAAGAUCCUGAUGGAGAACAACUUGCGGAACUUAAAGUACCUUGGCCUGACAGCGAACCUCAACCAUCUACUAUUAAAUUUGUUGAAUCGGAAGAAUGUGUGAGAUUGACAAAUGAUAUCACAUAUGCAACUGUUCCAUUACGGAUAUGUAAGCUACGUGAAGUCCUGCGAAAUCGACGUACAAAAGAUCUCCCAAAGCGAUUCUCUAGUUUUGCCGAUUUAUCUCCAAAAGAUAGUUCUAAACAACAAUCGUUGCACGAGGCACUCAAGGACUUUGUCAGCAAUCCGCUUGCGGAAGGAGCUUGGAAAAGAGCAUUCAAAUGUCUCUCAGUGAAGGGUGCCGAUGCUGACGGACUCUUGCACAAUGAUGAACAGAUGCUGUUGCUAGAUUUUCUACCCACACAGUCUUUCACCUCUAAAGAACUAAAAAAUAUAUGCGAGGUUUUGCGGCGGACGAAUAUCUUUGGGCCCAGGAGCGUAGGAUCAUUUUAUGAGUUGUGCUUGAGUAUGGACCAAACUUCGCUUUUAUGCUCGGUAAUCGAGUCAAGCGAGGCUUUGUCGGAACAGUCAUUAGCCCUUUUUCUAGAUUAUACAGCACAAGCUAUCUCAGAAGAAAAAUCCUCCAUGGAAGGCGAACGAUUGUUAGCCAAAUUGCUUCGUCGUCAUUUUGGUGCUCGUCGGUUAUCCGAAUGUGCAGCACAGAAAAUAACUACGCAACACGCAUCAGUUUUGAUACAACGAUGUAUGAGGUUGUACAUCAUGCCAGAAUGUAGCGAGAUAGCAGAACAGGCCCUUUCACUCAUAACAGUGUUGACAGACACAUUUGGAAAUCGAUUAGUGUGGGAAAAUGAUUUGCACGAUGUUGUGCAAGAAACAUUGGAGUUUUCUGAACGAAUGGCCGAAAUUAUGACCUCAUUUAAACAAAUCGAACUGAAACGGUCCCAAACUACCCGAGAAGAGGAGGAUGACCCGAAUACCUUGUACACAGUCGAAGUUAUAUCAUUACCACGUCGUCCAUUGAACUGGUAAUCCCUGCCAUUACUCGCAACCGUGGGUAAUUUUUAGUAUGUUGUAAUAUCUGUUUGCUCACUCUACUUUGCAUUAGCAUGUUUGCAUGAGAGAAAUCUAAAAAAGCUCCAAGUUGUUGUUGCCUUGACAUUUCCUUGUUACUCAGGGCGUUGUUGACAUUGACAGUUGUUAUAUGUUUAUGAAUCUUUUUAUAUUUUGCCGUG